AUGCAUCCGCAGUGUGAGACCGCGAAGACUUCCGAAGAGCAUCCUGCGAGUGAGGCCGACUAUGAUCUGGAAGACCCGCAGAGCUUGGCCGCAUUCCUGAAGCAUGCGGACAUUCGUCUGGUCCGGGCGGAGUACUUGUACGAGCUGCGAAGCCAGAAGAGGCUGCUACCCCGACGCCAGGAAGCGGAAGAGUGGGGCCUGGUGAGCCACGAGGAAGUGAGUAACUGGGCCGCCGGAGCCCGGGAUGCGAUGAUCGUAUCGAUCUCACAUGCCUGGGAAACCCGUGAGCACCCGGAUCCCUGCGGCGACCAGUUGAGCCGGCUGGUGGACCACUUGUCUCUUUACGAUCUUGCAUACUAUUCCGAUAUCUGGCUGUUUUACGACUACAUCUCGCUUUUUCAGUUCGAGCGACAGACGCCCGCAGAAGAAGAGAGCUUCCGGCGGUCCAUGAGCCACAUGCAUGUGCUCUACGCUCACGACUGCAGCUGGACCUUUCGACUGGAAUCUCUCACCCCAGACGAUGUUUGGGACGUGGCAUUGAAGAACUCGGAGCAUCUCGUGACAGUGUAUGAUGCGGCAAGCAAGACCGUGAGAGGCCGCCCCCUCAAGGAGCUGGUCGCCAACAACGUCCCUUACCGAAGUAGGGGGUGGUGCAAAGCGGAGGUGGAGUGGUCCUCGCGCAGAAGCAAGUCCGAACAGAAUCAGUGGAUCGACGCUCCUGAGUCAGAGGCUGGCGGCGGAUGGGCCCAGCUGCAGGGCAAAGUCCCAAUGACUCCGGAGCUUUUCGAAGAAGACAUGAGGAAAGCCGACUUCACGCAUCGAAACGAUGCCGCGGCUGUGCUAGAGCUGCAGAAGAAGAUCUUCCACCAGAAAGUAUCGGAGUGUCAAAGAGCACUACGUGCAAAUCUGCCGAAGGGCGAGUUGAGCCAGUUGGCCAAGGCUUUGAUCCACUACAAGAAGCUCAAGGUCUUGCACCUCCGCAACAUGGACGUGGGCGCAGCAGAGGCCGAGGAGUUUGCCAAGGUCCUAGCAGUGAACAGCACGAUCACAACGCUUGAAAUAAGUGUCGCUGGCUCCGCACGGGCUGAGUCUGAGUGCGGGGAUUUCUGGAAGGCCUUGGCGGAGAUGUUGAAAAGCAAUGCCACCAUCACCUCCCUAAACCUCGGCUUCAACGGCAUCGGGGACGACUCAAUUAAGGCUUUAGCUGAGGCAUUGGCGACCAACGGCACCCUCACCAGUGUCGAUCUCAGGGGUAACAACAUCACCGGCGAGGGCUGCAAGGGCUUGGCAAAGGCGUUGAAGAGUAAUGGCAGCAUCACCACACUCGACCUCAGACAGAAUAACAUCUUGUCUGGGGGCUUCAAGGCAUUCGCGGAGGCAUUGACCACUAAUCGCACCAUCACCACCAUCAAGCUUGACUACAACGGCAGUGGCCGCGAGUGGCUUUUGGAGCUGCAAGAGAUCUUCAAGACCAGGAAAGAGUCCACAGGGCCCAUUGACGAAGAUGCUGCUGCAGCACAGUCCCAUGUGUGGACCGGAGAAGUGCGCAUCCAGACCCUCGCAUCACGACUGAAGAGCAACAGUAUCACUACCCGCCUGGGCCUGGAGUCCAACUUCUUCAAUCAGCAGAGGAUCGGAGUCGAGGGCAUCAAGGCCUUUACUUCGGUCCGCAUAGCACUUGCUCUGAAGACCAACCGCACCAUCACCACAAUCAGCCUCCAAAGGAACUUCGUGGAAGACGAGGGCUGCAAGGCUUUGGCUGACGCAUUGGUGACCAACGGCACCCUCGUCAGCAUCGACCUCGAAUCUAAUGACAUCCGGGACGAGGGGUGCAAGGCCUUGGCAGAAGCAUUAAAGUCCAACAGCACCCUCGAAGCUCUCCACCUGCAGAAAAAUUACAUCCAUACCGAUGGCAUCAAGGCAUUGGCACUUGCUUUGAAGACCAACCGCACCAUCACCAACAUCAGCCUCAAAGGGAACCACAUGGACGACGAGGGCUGCAAGGCUUUGGCUGACGCAUUGGUGACCAACACCCUCGUCAGCAUCGACCUCGAAUCUCAUGACAUCCAGCAUCCGCUGCAAGGGACCGGGCGCGAGGCAUUGGCACAAUCAAUGAAAUCAAACACCACCCUCAAAGUUCUCUGCAGGUGGACUGUUUUCCUCAAGCGACAGCUUUCAAUCCCGAACCUGUUGCCUGCCCUGCGAGGCCCUUGA